CAUCAGAGUGCCACUAGCUCAAGAAUAUAAAGUCUUAACUGUUUUGUUCACCGACUGUCGCAAUUUUGUCGUCGACGUCGCCGUUUGGUUUUACCUUUUGAAAAUUUCGCAACAAAAACUGACGACUAUGCCGAAAGAUACAGUUAUCAAGGUGCAGGAGUAUAAAGACACUCUGAUCCAGAAGGCGGAGCUGCUGAUUACCAAGUGUUUCCCGGAGAAGAUUGUCCAGCUAAACGAGCUGCUCGCAACGCCCAUGUUCAAUGAGCGCGAUUUUGAGGAAGUCCACCAGGAUGUAAACAUUCCGGUCCUGCCGGCAGUGCUAGCCAAAAACCACGACGAAAGCGCCAACGAUGAUCAUCCGCCGAACAAGCGUGCACGCAACGAUGUCAUCGUCGCGGGGUCCCCGAUACUGGCUUUGCCAAACGGCUCAGUGUCGUGCAACAAGCCACUCUGCGAGAUGAUCAAAGUCGUCAAGCCGAUCAUCCGUACUCUGGUAGAGCAUUCCAAUCUCUUGAAGAUGUGGAUCUCUUUCAUGAUACCGAAAAUCGAGGACGGCAACAACUUCGGCGUCUCCAUCCAGGAGGAUACCCUUGCCGAAAUCCAGACCGUCGAGUCGGAGGCGGCCGCCUUCUACGACCAGAUCUCGAGAUACUUCCUCUCGCGCGCUAAGGUCGUGUCAAAGGUGGCGAAAUAUCCGCACAUCGAGGACUACCGACGAGCCGUCGUCGAGCUGGAUGAAAAGGAGUACCUCAGUCUGUGGUUGGUGGUCUGCGAGGUGCGCAACCGCUACUCUUCGCUCCACGACAUAGUCAUAAAGAACUUGGAGAAGCUUAAGAAGCCACGCUCCUCGAACACCGAGAGCCUUUACUAGUGAUCCAUAAAUACCUUCUUUUUUUUCUCUACCCCAUACAUAUAUCCUGCUCGAAUGUGCCCUGGAGCAGGGUUUAGCAAGGCCCUUGCUCCAGCAUAGAAGGAGAGCUGGCGAACGAGACAGACCGAGAAUCUUUUGACACAUUGAAAUCAUACUCGAUGCUUUUCCAUUUUGAAUUACAGAUAAAGAAAUAACAAUUAUGAUUACAAUUAUUCUUACACAUACAAUAACAGUAAAAGUAAAGUUAAUAGUGACUAGACAGCGAACAAAAGGCGAAUUUAGGGGAUGAUUUCAUUAACCAUUUGUAGAAUGUCUAGGGUAACGUGAAAGAAGUAACAAGCAAAAAUUUGAAGAUGUAUAGAUUCCAAGAAAUGUCUAUAGCUAUACAUGUAAUAAAUAAAUCCAAUGUUGCAAAGAAACAAAAACCCCGAAAUAAGAGAAGAUGCACACAAAUUAUUGUUACACUUGACAAUUUUGUAAUCUACAGUCUGUAAUAAAAACCUAUGUGACUUUUGGCUGAGUAAGCAA